GUCAUUCACGGAGGAAUUUUAAAACAGUAAAAUCAUUGAAUCAAAUAUAAGUUCAGUUUUUUUCUAAUUCGUUCUUUCUUCAAGGAGUUUGCGUGAGAGUACUAGUGAGUGGGAGCUACAUCUGGAAGACUCAUAUAUAAAAAGAAUUCCAUAUUCAUCUAUUGGAUAAGAUUCUUGUUAUGGCAGAUGUAGUAGAUGGUACUCGAGAUGCUGGAUUAGACAAGGUAGAAAAUGGUGACGUGAAAAUAGAACAUAUAUCGAAUACCUUGGGUACAGACGUUGCUGAAGAGACCCAGAAGCUACUCAUUGACGGGAACUCCAACAAUGCUCCGCUUUCUCAAGAAGGGGACGUAGAGAUUCAACUGGAUGGCCAAGCGCCCCAGAAAUUGAAACUGACCAGUGAAUCUAUCAAUGAAGGAGUGCUACUGAAAGCGCCCGACGGAGGCUACGGAUGGGUUAUCGUACUGGCUUGCUUCUUACACCACAUGGUUUUAGGUGGAUUUGGCAGGAGUGAGGGUCUGUUCUUUUUACAAUACCAGGAGAGAUUUGGCUCAGGUGCUCAACUGACCUCAUGGCCCAGUUCGCUAAUGUCCACUUUGAAUUUGUUUAUGGGACCUCUAUGCGGUGCUGUAAUCAAUCGCUACAGCGUGAGAACAGCUCUGAUCAUUGCCACCAUCUUGACCUCUGUUGGCUUCAUACUGAACGGCAUUGCGCCAAAUGUCUACUUCCUGUUUUUCUCACAGACUUUAAUCGGAGGCAUUGGUCGGGGUCUGAUGUCUUCAGUGCUGCUGCUGAAUCUCUAUUUCGACAAACGGAGGAGCCUUGCUCAGGGGCUCUCGUCAGCAGGUGUUGGUUUUGGCGCCUUCGUAAUAGUCCCCCUGGUGCAAAUACUGUUUGAAGAAUAUGGUUUCACGGGUGCCUUUAUGAUUAUCGGGGCCAUCCAGCUUAAUGGACUAAUAGCGGCCAUGGCCUUUAGGCCACUUAGUAUGCACAUGAGAUUCUUAAGAGCAGACAGAUUACGGAAAAGAAGACUAGCUGUUGGAGAGGAGGGCAAACCUCUAGCAUCAAUUGAUAAAGAGUUCUCUGAACCAAGUUCAGCAGAAAAAGAUGCCCUUGAACUGGAUGAAGUGCCCCUCGAUGACAAAACAGUUUCUGCCCUGCCUGCCAAGGACAACCAAGUAGAUAUGCUUUCGCUGGAGAAUGGCGUGGAGCCUUUCCUGGCCAGCUGCGAGACUCUGAAUGUAGCGUCCUCCAUGCCAGAGAUUAGGAGAAAAACGCAUAAAAAGGACAACUGGCUCAAAUCAUCGUUGGCCAUCAUCUUCCCGGUGGAGCACAAAAGAAAAGAGGCGGCCGCCAAGCCGAAACCUUUCCACUGGAACUUGCUGAAGAACGUUCCCUUCAUCAUCUUCUGCGUCAGCAACACCUUCUUUCUCAUGGCUUUUAAGACGGCCUUCACUUUCAUGCCCGCCAUGGCCAUGUCGAAAGGUUUGACCAGGACGGAGGCUGCCCUAGUGUUGACGAUUUCCGGUGCUCUGGACACCUUCGGGCGCAUGGCAGUAGGUUUCGUGAUGGAUCUUCCUGCUUGCAGACGUUUUCGCCCGUUCGUCUUCAACAUGCUCCUCUUCUUCAUCGCAGGCGCGUCUUUCUUGGUGCCCUCCCUGGAGAGCUUCCCAGCCUUUGUUGUGGUUAGCUCCAUCUACGGGACAAUGACAGGGGCGUUCAUCUCGCAAAAAAUUGUAGUGCUGGUUGACAUUGUGGGAAGGGAGGUAAUGCCUAGCGCUCUCGGAAUCAAUAAAGUUUUUCAGGGAAUAGGAACUCUCGUUGGUCCUCCAUUUGCUGGCGCUCUUCGGGAUGCGAUGGGCACUUUCGACAGUUCAUUCUACCUUGGAGGCGCCUGCAUGUUUGGCUCAGGGCUGCUCUUGGCUCUCAGUAACGUCUUGAGAAUAAUUCAGAAAAAACGCAACGCCAAGAGAGCAGCUACACAGAAGUAGUCACAAGACUUCCAAGGAAUACAAAUAAAAUCUUUCUGAAAAGUAAUGGAGACAAAAGAAACUCUCUGGGCAGACGACAUGGUGACACGUUGUCAUGAGCUUCACUCAUUUUCAUUUGUUUAAAAGGGCGUUAAAUCUGGUAAUCAUCGUCUGCAAAAGAAAAAAAAACUAAAAUGGCGACUUUUGCAUUUUAAAAAAUCAUUCUUUAUGUAAGACAUUUUUAGAUCUGCUUACGCCCAGUGCUGAUCAUGAUUUUUAGUACUGUUCCUAGUUUAGUGGGUUAGUUAUUACUAUACGUCGGUCGUCUUCUUCACACAAUCUUUCUGUCUAAACUAUUUAUCUGCUGAUAGUUUUCAAUGCUAGUAGGUAUUAGCAUAUCUAUAAUAUAAAGCAGAAAGUAAGGCGUAUGUAUGUAUGUAUGUAUGUAUGUAUGUAUUUAUGUAUUUAUGUUAUAUAUGUAUGUAUGUAUGUAUGUAUGUAUGAAUUUGUAUGUAUGUAUGUCCCGAAGAGAAAUCAAAACCGUUUGACCAAUCUUGAUAAAACUUGGCAUAAAUGUUCCUUAGAUCAUGGCGGAGACCGUAGUGUAUGUUUAAUGCCCCUACCACAAUCAGAGGGCCCUAAAAACAGACAGAAAGUACCUAAUUGUAUCACAAUUAAAGUAGGAUACUUUUUAACAAAUCGGGUAAACCCGUUUCCACAGUAUUUCAUAUUUGAUAUAAAUGUAUGCAAUCUACUUUUAGUUUCGGGCGAAAGAAAAAACUUGAACAUUAGCCAAGUUUAAACAUAGAUCUAAAUCCAAUCCACUAGAUUAGUAAUACCAAAACCAAGGCCCGCAGACCGCGGGUAAUAUCCGGUUAGUAUAUAUAUAUAUAUAUAUAUAUAUAUAUAUAUAUAUAUAUAUAUAUAUAUAUAUAUAUAUAUAUAUAUAUAUAUAUAUAUGAUUAACGUUCUGUUUCAUUUUAAAAGAAACGUGUUCUCUCAAGAAAUUAUCUAGAUCGAUCUGAAAUCUUACAUAUUGGGUUUCUCUUUUCUUAUCUUAUAAAUUACAGACGUAACUUCAAAAGAGAAAAUAGACGUACCCAGGUGUUAAUCUAGUAUGGCUUGUUAAUUAGAGACUUGAACUCUGCAAAUCAGUGAUUUUUCGCAAUGGUUGAUUCAGGCAACCAGUUCAAUGCUGUAAUGGCACUAAGGAAAAAGAAGCAAUGGUACACAUUUGUCUUAGCAUAUGGAAUAAGAAAUGUUUUCCUUCAUGUCUUUCUGAGUAUUUUAUUGAGUUUUUGUAUUUGUAAAUCAUGGUUUAGUGUUGUAUUUUGUACUGCUACUUCACUUCUGUUCUGAAGUGAAACUAAGUUUAGUGUUAUUACUAACCAUGUUACUUUUGUUAAAUGUUAAUUUCGUUUUUAAUCUCAGGGCUCUAUUUCGCAUAUGUUCUACUUUUUUUCUUCUGUUUUCUUGGGGAGUCCCAAACAGAGGACGCAUAUUCUAAUAUUGGUCUGCCCAGUAAAUGUUCAAGUUUUUAGAGAUGGUGGCAAGAGACGUGACUCGCUUAAAAGUUCCUCUUAACACAUUUUCUUUUGGAUUCAAAAUGACUUCAAGGAUCUGACCUAUAAAUCUCUUGAGUUUUACCAAUAUUUUUUGUUUGCAUGCAUCAUAACAGUUUUUCCUUUCAGAAGUUGAUAUUACUAUGCACUUUGACCCUACAACUAAUUCAUGCCAAGCAUUCUAACUCAAAACGCUUGCAUUUGGACGAAGUACGGCCUGACUCAAAGAACGCAUUUCAUACUGUUGAAUUUCACAAAACUCAGGGAUAUAAAAUCAUCAUUUUUCCAAAAUGUAUUUAUGAUGUAAUGUAUUAGAGGAUAAUGUGUUUGCUGGGAUGAAGAUAAUCAACUAUCCAGCAUGUAUUUAUGAUGUAAUGCUUAUACUGCGAUGACUUGUACGUGGGCCAUGACUAUAAAUUCAAGUACACAUUUCUUCUGUGAAAGAAAGAAAGAAAGAAAGGAAUAUGUUUUGUAGAAUAAGUAUGACUAACUAGUAUGUCUUGCCUUUAAUUUAAUAAGAGAAAUAACUUCGAUUAUAGUAGGUUUUGCAGCAUCGACUGUAUCUAGUGUAAUAUUUUAUGUAUUGAUUGUAUCUUGUGUGAUAAAUACGAGUCAAUUAUUCUAGGCCUUUACGUUUUAAAUAAAGUCAU